UUAAAACCCUAACCCCUCCCAAAACCCUAAAUCAUCAUCCAUUUCCCCCUUUCUCUCUCUUCCUCAUUCAAUUGAAGGAAGAAAUGCCGCUAGGUGAAAGAAAUGGCGACAAAGAAUCCCGCUAUUGCGGCGUCGAAACAGACUUCAGCAAUGACAUGCCUCAACUUCUCGAGUUUAACAUUAAGGGUGGAUUCGACUUCGUUCUUGCUACUUUGGUUGAUCCUGCAUAUCGGCCAAGCUUGGAAAGUAUUAACGAUCUGAGAUCUGGUGCCCUGCCAGUGGCUGGGUCGGACUUGGUUUUAAGCCCUGCUCAGUGGAGUAGUCAUGUUGUUGGCAAGCUCAGCUCUUGGAUUGACUUGGAUUCUGAUGAUGAAAUUCUAAGGAGAGAUUCUGAGAUCUGUCUGAAGCAAGAAGUAGCUUGGGCUUCCCAUCUCUCGCUACAGGCAUGCCUUCUUCCAGUCCCUAAGGGUCAGUCAUGUGCCAACUAUUCGAGGUGUGUGAAUCAAAUUCUGCAAAGCUCAAACAACAUGCAGUUGUGGCUCAGGAUACCUUUAAGAAAGCGUGAGGAUGAUGAUUUGGAUGAUCCAUCAUUGGGUGGAGAUCCAAUUGAUUCUUGGGAGACAUGGAAUUCAUUCCGUCUUCUCUGUGAGCAUAACAGCCAACUUUCAGUUGCACUCGAUGUUCUGGGCUCUCUUCCUUCUACAAAUUCUUUGGGUCGCUGGAUUGGAGAACCGGUGCGAGCAGCAAUUAUUCAUACCAAUUCUUUUCUUUCAAAUGCUCGUGGACACCCUUGCUUAUCAAAGCGUCAUCAGAAGCUACUCACUCAGUUCUUUAACCAUUCAGUACAGGUAGUCAUUUCUGGAGGAUUGGCACACUCUGUUCCUGUAAGCGCAUUGGAAUCAGCUAACAGUAAUGCUUCUAAUGAUGUUAACAGUGACUUAGGGCAUCCUCUGAGAACAUACUUGUACUAUAUUGGUUAUCUUUACCAAAAGAUGGAUCCGCUCCCCGAACAGGAGCUCUACGAGCUUAGUUAUAGAGACUUUUUGCAGAGUCCCUUGCAGCCUCUCAUGGAUAACUUGGAGGCCCAAACGUACGAGACAUUUGAGAAGGAUACUGCAAAGUACCUUCAGUAUCAAAGGGCGGUCAGUAAGGCUUUGCUGGACAGGAUUCCUGAUGAAAAGGCAUCUAGCGUAACCUCUGUCUUGAUGGUCGUUGGAGCUGGACGGGGGCCUCUUGUAAGAGCAUCUUUAGAGGCAGCUAAAGAAACAGGCAGAAAAUUAAAAGUUUUUGCUGUGGAGAAAAAUCCCAAUGCCGUAAUUACUCUUCAUAGCCUGGUUAAACUCGAAAGAUGGGAAAAUAUUGUUACCAUAGUAUCUAGUGACAUGCGUCAUUGGGAUGCCCCUGAGAAAGCUGACAUUUUGGUUAGUGAGCUGUUGGGUUCUUUUGGUGAUAAUGAACUUUCUCCCGAGUGUCUAGAUGGGGCUCAAAGAUUUCUGAAACCAGAUGGCAUCUCUAUCCCAUCAUCGUACACGAGCUUUUUCCAACCCAUUACAAGCACCAAAUUAUAUAAUGAUGUUAAAGUACACAAAGAUCUUGCGCACUUGGAAACACCUUAUGUGGUAAAACUACACAAAGUAGCAAGGCUUGCUCCAUGUCAGCCAGUCUUUACUUUUGUCCAUCCCGACAAUUCUCCCAGCAAAGACAAUCAACGUUACACAAAGCUGAAGUUUGACAUACCUGGUGAUACUGGGUCGACAUUGGUGCAUGGCUUUGCUGGGUACUUUGAUGCUAUUCUCUACAAAGAUGUACAUCUUGGUAUAGAACCGACAAUGGCAACACCCAAUAUGUUUAGCUGGUUUCCAAUCUUCUUCCCGUUGAGGACGCCAGUGUGCGUCCGUCCAGACAACCCUUUAGAAGUUCAUGUCUGGCGGUGUUCGGGCUCUACAAAGGUUUGGUAUGAGUGGUGUGUUGCUUCUCCUUCCCCGUCACCCAUUCAUAAUAGCCAAGGCCGUUCAUACUGGGUUGGUCUUUAGUUUGUCAACCCUUUACAUCUACAUUCAGAAGGGCACAUGAAAUGACGAGCUCAAGCUUUGAGAAAGGCACAGGAAAGUAUAAUACCAUGUGUGCAGAAAGGCAAUGGCUUGCAGCAGCUUAUCCUAAUCUUCAUGGUGAAAAUCUGGUGGUCAUGCACCAAGUGCUUGAUUUGAUUCAUGUUGGAAAAAGCGAUCUUAUUUUUGCUCUAAAAGUGAAGUAUAUAAAAGGGAGCGCCAAUCGAUCUUAUUCAUGUUGUUAAGAGCUUUCGCGGUGAGUCUUACAUGAGCAGAAAAUAGAAUAGGAAUCUGUAUAUUUCUGCUGAAGCUGCAGUUAAGUUAUGGUUGUACUCAGAAAGUCGCAGUGAUGGUAUUGUUUUAUUUUAGCAGUACAUUGGAAGCCAUUGUGCAUCGGGGUUAUUCCAGAUUUUGUAGCAUAUGUUGAAGGGAAUGAAUGAGUGAUGCUAAUAUCUUUAUUA